CGUGGCAUAUUCUGACAACCAAGUCUUCAGUAAGACGCAAUGGCUAGAACUAAGCAGACCGCACGGAAGUCCACCGGUGGCAAAGCCCCCAGAAAGCAGCUCGCCACUAAAGCAGCACGAAAAAGCGCGCCUGCGACUGGCGGAGUGAAGAAGCCUCACCGUUACAGACCUGGUACUGUAGCUCUGCGAGAGAUCCGCCGCUAUCAGAAGUCUACGGAGCUGUUGAUCCGCAAGUUGCCUUUCCAGCGCCUCGUGAGGGAGAUUGCUCAAGACUUCAAGACUGAUCUGCGCUUCCAAAGCUCAGCUGUCAUGGCUCUGCAGGAGGCGAGCGAGGCUUAUCUGGUUGGUCUGUUCGAGGACACCAAUUUGUGUGCUAUUCACGCCAAGAGAGUGACCAUCAUGCCGAAAGAUAUCCAGCUGGCCCGCCGCAUCCGUGGAGAGCGCGCUUAAAUGGUUUUCAAGUGUUAUAAUCCAAAUAACAAAGGCUCUUUUAAGAGCCACAA